AACGGAAAAGCCAUCAAACCGAGGUUACUUAGCAAACCUGAGUUCAUUUGUAACCUCUCUAUAAACUUCUUAUAACCAUGGCUCCUGUACUCGAUUUCCCUAUUAAUGUAGGCCUAAUAGACGAUGUUCAGGAAUUGAAGAAGGCCCGAAAAACCAAAAUUCCGAACAGGUUUGUUCGCGAUGUGGCUGAAAGGCCAGCGGUAGCAACAACCCAAUCACCCUUGUCGACUAGUAUACCAGUCAUUGAUCUUUCAAAACUCAUGAAAGGAAACAAAGAAGAUUUUCACUUUGAAAUCAUGAAGCUCUCAGCUUCCUGUGACGAGUGGGGUUUUUUUCAGGUGAUAAACCAUGGGAUUGAUCUUGAUCUGCUGAAGAAGAUAGAGAAAGUAGCCAUGGAGUUCUUUAUGCUUCCCGUGGAAGAGAAACAAAAGUAUCCAAUGGCACCAGGAACUGUUCAGGGAUAUGGGCAAGCUUUUGUGUUCUCAGAGGAUCAAAAGUUAGACUGGUGCAAUAUGUUCGCUCUUGGACUAGUGCCUCACUCCAUAAGAAACCCAAAACUUUGGCCAACCAACCCACCAAUGUUUAGUGACACUGUAGAGACUUACUCGAGAGAGAUCAGAAAGCUAUGUAAAGAUCUUCUAAGAUUUAUAGCAUUAAGUCUUGGGCUUAGAGGCAAUGUUUUCGAAGAUAUGUUUGGGGAGAGUGUGCAAGCGAUGAGAAUGAACUACUACCCAGCAUGUCCUAGACCCGACCUUGUAUUGGGUUUAAGCCCCCACUCAGAUGGAAGCGCUCUCACAGUGCUGCAACAAGGUAAGGGCAGCACUGUUGGCCUCCAAAUACUCAAAAACAAUACGUGGGUUCCAAUUCAACCUGUUACAAAUGCACUUGUGAUUAACAUUGGUGACACCAUAGAGGUUUUGACGAAUGGGAGAUACAAGAGCUCAGAACAUAGAGCAGUGACACACAAAGAGAACGAUCGACUGUCGAUUGUGACUUUUUACGCUCCAAGUUAUGAGAUAGAGAUAGGUCCAAUGCCAGAAAUGGUGGAUGAGAACAACCAUAGCAAGUAUAGAAGAUACAAUCAUGGAGAGUACAGUAGACACUAUGUAACCAACAAGCUGCAAGACCGACCGGAAGCCCUUAGAGUUGUCCAAGAACCGAUCAAUGCAUGUUGGUCAAUUUGUUUAUUAGGCCGCAGGGUAUACUCCCCCACGCCGCCAAAGAGUGCGGAGAGCUAG